AUGGAAUCUGAGAAAGAUGAAAAGAAAAGGAUUAAAGAGGAGAAGAAAAGACAGAAGCUUGAGAAGUUUCUACAGAAGAAAACACAGGAAGUGAGUGUGACAAAACCCAGAGGAGAGUACAAAUCAGGAGGAUACGACCCUAUGGAGAUUGAAAGUAAAUGGUAUAAGUACUGGGAGAGCAAUGGUCUUUUUAAGCCAAUGCGCAGUGAGAAGAAGUAUGUUAUUCCCAUUCCACCGCCAAAUGUGACUGGAAAUCUGCAUAUUGGGCAUGCUAUGAUGGUUUCUAUACAGGAUGCGAUAUGCAGGUAUAAAAGGAUGUGUGGAUAUGAAGUUCUGUAUAUUCCCGGGACCGAUCAUGCAGGAAUAGCAACACAAAGUGUUGUUUCUAAGCAAUUGGCCAAGGAAGGAGUGGUUGAUGUUGAUCGAGGAAGGUUUUUGAAGAGAGCAUGGGAAUGGAAGAAUACGCAUGGAAGUAAGAUAUAUGAGCAGUUUAAGAGACUGGGUACCAGUGUUGAUUUUUCAAGGGAAAGAUUUACUCUUGAUCCUGGGAUGAGUGAUGCAGUUAGUGAGGCUUUUGUGAGAUUGUAUGAGAAAGGACUGAUAUACAGGGAGCCAAAGAUAGUGAAUUGGUGUGGGAAGUUGUGUACGACUAUAAGUGAUCUUGAGGUGAAUCAUGAAGAGAUUGAACCGAAUACUGUUAUUCAGGUUGAUGGAGGUAUGUAUGAGUUUGGAGUCAUUUAUCAUGUGAAGUAUCCAUUAACUACAUGUGCAGAAUAUAAAGGAUGUGUUAGUGAACUACCAAGUGUUGAGAUAGCAACCACAAGACCUGAAACGAUUCUUGGAGACACAGCUAUAUGUGCGAAUGCAAAUGACGAACGAUUUGGCAGUGAUGGGAUAAGGAAGAUGUUUGGAGAUGUAUCUCGAGAUACAAAGGUGUAUGGAGUGAAUCCAUUGACAAAGAGAGUGAUUCCUGUGAUAUUUGAUGAUUAUGCAGACAUGAGUUUUGGAACGGGCGUACUGAAGGUGACACCUGCACAUGAUGCAAAUGAUUUUGAGUUGUCUAAGAGACAUGGGCUUGAAUGUAUUGUUGUAUUUGAUGAAAAUAAUAAAGUGAGUGUUGAGGGAGAGUUUAAAGGGCUUGGAAGGUUUGAAGCUAGGAAGGCGGUUAUAUGCGAUCUUAAGUCUAUGGGACUGUAUGUGGGUAAGAAAGGACAUCCUCAAGUGAUUCCAAGAUGCUCUAGAUCGAAUGAUGUUAUUGAGCCUAUGAUCAAAAGUCAGUGGUGGAUGGAUUGUAAGGAGAUGGCAAGAAAAGCAAUUGAUGUGGUUAGGAAUGGUGAGAUGGAUAUUCUACCACCAGGUGCUGAGAAGCAAUGGUAUAAGUGGCUUGAGAAUAUAAGAGAUUGGUGUUUAUCAAGGCAGUUGUGGUGGGGACAUAGGAUACCAGCGUAUAGAGUAUCUGAUGGACAGUGGGUAGUUGGAAGAACGAAGGAAGAGGCGUAUGAGAAGAUGAGAAAAGAGUAUCCUGAGUGCAAGUGUACAAUUGAUGAAAUGGAGCAGGACGAGGAUGUAUUAGACACCUGGUUUUCAUCUGGGCUAUGGCCAUUUGCAGUGCUUGGAUGGCCUAAUAUAGCAGAUGAUUAUGCGCGAUAUUAUCCAACUACGCUUCUUGAGACUGGUAGUGAUAUUCUUUUUUUCUGGGUUGCCAGGAUGGCAAUGCUAGGGAUAGAACUUACGAGAAAGAUCCCGUUUGAUCAGGUUCUUCUGCAUGGGAUAGUUAGGGAUGCACAUGGAAGAAAGAUGAGCAAAAGUCUUGGGAACGUGAUAGACCCGAUAUUUGUGAUAGAUGGAUGCAGCUUGAAUGAACUUAUUGCAACGAUGAAGAGUGGAAACCUUGAUGAGAAGGAAGUGAAAGUUGCUGAAGCAGCUUUGCGUAAAGACUUUCCGAACGGAAUACCUAGAUGUGGUGCAGAUGCACUUCGUUUUACGUUACUCUCUUACACUUCAGGAAUGAAAGACAUUAAUUUAGAUGUGCUUAGGGUUGAAGGAUACAGAAGGUUCUGCAAUAAGAUUUGGAAUGCACAAAAGUUUGUUAAGAUGAUGGUUGAUGAAGCAAAGGAUUGCCUGAGCUCUGAAUGUGGAUAUGCAGAGUAUACUUUAAAUGUCUCUGACCUUACUAAUGGAUUUGAUUCUGGGCCGAUUGAAUGGAUCCUUAUGAAAAGAAACGAAACAAUAGAGUAUGUCAAAGAGAUGAUGGAGAUGUAUAAGUUUAUGGAGGCAACACAGGCAAUUCAUCAGUUUUUUAUGUAUGACAUUUGCGAUGUUUUUAUUGAGAUUGUGAAAGGAAACAAGGAAAAGAUGUAUGUCAGUGUCUUACUGACAGUGUUUAUUGACUCUAUGAAGAUAUUUCAUCCGUUCAUGCCUUUUAUUACUGAAGAAGUGUUUUCAAGCUACUUUGAUACAUCAAUUUCAACAUCGGAAUAUCCAGUAAGUGAUGGUAAUGCUCACAACAAUAAUUUUGGUGCAACAUUACAACUGGUGAAGCAUCUGAGAGGUUUAUUGGAGACGAAUGGGCCUGGAGGAAUGAAUGUGCUUGAGAUUGUCCCUGGACCUGAGAUUAACCACCAUGAUUUGAAAUUUAUCCAUCUGCUUUGUAGAAGGAUAUGCAGUGUUGAAAUAUUAUGCGAUUAUGACGAGAGGUUCUUGGACUUCGGAGGCACAAAAGCAUAUCUUCGGAAAAUUGAAUAA